CCUAGGCGUGGUUCGUGUCUUUCCCGUCGUGCCCCGCGUGUAUCCUAAACAGGAAGUGAGGUAGGAGCACAGCUGGGCGGAAGUUUCAGGUAUGGCGGAGUACGAGCAAGUCCAGAGAAGUGCCCUGAAGCUUAAAGGGGUGUCUGAACUGGGCGUAACGAAGCGGAAAAAGAGGAAGGACAAGGACAAAAGCAAGGUCCUGGAGCAGAUCGUGACGAGCAAGAAGAACGAGGAGGAGAAGCGGAGGGGGCUGGACAAGCGUACCCCAGCGCAAAUCGCCUACGAGAAGAUGCAGGAGAAGAGGCAAAUGGAAAGAAUCUUAAAGAAAGCAUCCAAAACUCACAAGCAGAGGGUGGAGGACUUCAACAGACAUUUAGAUACUCUCACUGAACAUUAUGAUAUCCCCAAAGUCAGCUGGACAAAAUAGACUCUCGCAAGGCCGAGUGGUGUGCCCCUGAGGAAGAGGAAUCAUUUGUAUUUGUUCUGUAUAACUGUGGCAUGUUCUGUAAAUAGUUUCUUUCCCCACCCCCUUUUAUUUUUUAACAUUUCCUAUUUUUAAAGGCUCUGUAAUCAAGUUAGUAACUUGUUGCAUUUUAUUAAAGUGCGACUUAUGCUUAGUUAUUUCAAUUUCUUUGUGACACAAAAUUUCUACUCUUUUAGGUUAAAAAAACAUUCAGGGGCAGCUAGGUGGCACAGUGGAUAGAGCACCGGCCCUGGAGUCAGGAGUACCUGAGUUCAAAUCCGGCCUCAGACACUUAACACUUGCUGUGUGACCCUGGGCAAGUCACUUAACCCCAAUUGCCUCACUAAAAAAAAAAAAAAAAACAUUCAGUUAUUUAUAUAAGGUCAUUGAAACUUAUUAGUAAGGAUAUCCAGCUAGGAAAGUGUGA